CACCACGUCCCCCAUCGAAAACCGUCAAACCCACCGUGCCCAAGCCCCCCAAAACCUCCCGGACCACCGUGCCCCCCGAGAGCCCAGAAACCACCGCCCGCCAUGGCGUUCCGGCUGAGCAACAACCUCAUCGGCAUCCUCAACUUCGUCACCUUCCUGCUCUCCGUCCCGAUCCUGGGCGCCGGCAUCUGGCUGGGCCACCGCGCCGACGGCACCGAGUGCGAGCGCUACCUCUCCGCGCCCGUCAUCGCCUUCGGCGUCUUCCUCCUCGCCGUCUCCCUCGCGGGGCUCGUCGGCGCCUGCUGCCGCGUCACCUGGCUGCUCUGGGUCUACCUCCUCGCCAUGUUCGUUCUCAUCGUCGCCGUCUUCUGCCUCACCGUCUUCGCCUUCGCCGUCACCAACCGCGGCGCCGGGGAGGCCGUGUCGGGCCGCGGGUACAAGGAGUACCGCCUCGGGGACUACUCCAACUGGCUGCAGAAGCGGGUGGAGAGCACCAAGAACUGGAACAGGAUCCGGAGCUGCCUCCAGGACUCCAAGGUCUGCAAGAGCAUGCAGGAGAAGAGGGAGACGUUCGCGGACUUCAUGCGCUCGGACCUCUCGCCCAUCGAGUCCGGCUGCUGCAAGCCCCCCACCAGCUGCCAGUUCACCUACGAGAGCGGCACGAACUGGACCAAGACCCCCACGAGCUCGACGGACCCGGACUGCAGCACCUGGAGCAACGAGGCGCUCUGCUACAACUGCCAGUCCUGCAAGGCCGGCGUGGUGGCCACCUUCAAGCGGGACUGGAAGCGCGUCGCCGUCGUCAACAUCGUCUUCCUCGUCUUCAUCAUCAUCGUCUACUCCGUCGGAUGCUGCGCGUUCCGGAACAACCGCAGGGACAACGCCUACCGCGGCGGCUGGAAGGGCGGGUACGCCUGAUCUGAUCGGCCUCGCCGUACGUCGUCCGGGAGCCGCCGCCGCUCGAUUGGUUGCCGUCGUGCACGAUCGGCGCUCUGCUCUCUCUCGCAGUCCCGCGGUCGCUGUCGUCCGUCCUAUGCGUCUAGGCUCGAUCUAGCUCUGUACAGGCGAGAUUACUACGGAUUCUUGUCGUCUGAUAGUCACUUUAUUAUUAUGAUCUCUGAUCAGCAGUAGGUUUUGUACAUGCUGUUCGUUUUGAUUCGACACACCGCUAUAUAUUCGUAUAUGGAUGUCUUUAUUCUACAUGUUA